CUAUUAACCACUUGCACGCCGCCCGUGCUUUUCGGUAUAUAGGCAUCAUAUGCAAGGAAAAUAUCGUUAUAUCGAUAUUAUAUACCCGUGUGGCGGAACGAUAAGCGUUAGAGACCUUCCGUAUUCUGCUUAGCUUCGUGGGUUGAAUGCAUAUCGCCAAGGAUCGUCACUCAUCUCGGCUUCUCGGGUAGCAUAUCGGGAGUAGAUAUUGCAACGCUACAUCUUUGGUCCUGCCUAAAACAAUAAUAAUAACAAUAGAAGCUAGCGAUUGCACAAUGCCAAGGUGCUCUUCGACCGCCAUGUCUUAUAUACGUGCAUCGCCCAAGAUCUAAUCAUGUUGCCUUCCUCGUCAAUCGAGUUAACCUAGAGGCAUUCGCAUUCGGCUCGACCAGCUGUUUUGUAAUCGUCAUGGUUCGGUACAGUAUUGUUACGGGUUUGCUAACCCUCGUCUCCGCGGCCCAGGCAAUUCAGAAGCAUCCAUUGCCUAUUAGCGAGCUCAAGAAACAAAUUUCAACCAGAGGCGCGCUCGGUAUCAAUGCGAGACAAGCCGACCUUGAAGCUCUUUACCCCGAAUACAACCUCUCCACGCCUAUCGACCACUUCCACAACGAUUCCUCUUACGAACCUCAUUCCAAUGGGACAUUUGACCAACGAUACUGGUUCGACGCACAGUAUUACAAGCCCGGAGGCCCCGUAAUCGUACUGGCAGGCGGAGAGACGAGCGGUUCCGACCGCUUGCCUUUCCUACAGAAGGGCAUCGUCUACCAACUUGCGAAAGCGACGAACGGGCUGGGUGUCAUCCUCGAGCAUAGAUACUACGGGAAAAGCAUCCCCGUGCCGGAUUUCAGCACCGAGAACCUGCGCUUCUUGACCACCGACCAGGCUCUAGCUGAUACCGCGUAUUUCGCGAAGAAUGUAAAAUUCGAGGGCUUGGAGGAUGUAGACUUGAGCCCGGAGACAACGCCGUGGAUCGCCUAUGGCGGCAGUUAUGCGGGCGCAUUCGUCGCGUUUCUGCGAGUCUUAUAUCCAGACGUGUACUUCGGCGCUAUCUCGUCGUCGGGAGUGCCGGAGGCGAUCUGGGAUUACUGGCAAUACUUUGAGGCCGCCGCUACUUACGGACCGCCGGCUUGUGUUGAUACUACUCGGAAGCUCACGCACAUCGUCGACAACAUCCUCAUUGGCCAGGCGGGCACAGACUAUGUCGGGAAGCUUAAAGCAGCAUUCGGCCUCCCUAACGUCACGUACGACAAUGACUUCGCCAGCGCGAUAAAUGGUGGCAUUUACGGUCUGCAGAGCCUUAACUGGGACCCAACCCAAAGCAGCGACAGCUUCUUCGUUUAUUGUAGUAACGUCUCUUCCGACUCGGUGCUAUUCCCUGGCACAGAGGAACGACGGGCUGCGGUUGAAGAGCUGAUUAAGGUCGGUGGCUACGAAGAUGAGCUAGAUACCCUUGCAAACCGAUUCUUGAAUUACAUCGGCUAUGUCAACCAGACCUCAGUCUCGGGCUGUACCGAAUCGCAAGACGCAUGUUUCUCUACGCAUGACGCAGGGUUCUAUGCGAACGAUGACAUUACCCAGACUUGGCGACUGUGGCAAUACCAGGUCUGCACCCAAUGGGGAUAUCUCCAAACUGGAAGCGGCGUACCGGAGGACCAAUUACCUCUCAUCUCGCGCACGAUCGACGUCGACUACUCGGCUCUUAUCUGCCGAGAUGCUUUCAACUUGACUCAACCGGCGGAUGUGGAAUACAUCAAUAGGCUUGGUGGCUUCAACAUCAGCUACCCCAGACUCGCCUUCAUCGAUGGCGAAUGGGACCCAUGGCGCGCCGCCGGCGUUCAUGCGAUUGGCCUGCCGGAAAGAACCAGCACCACGGAAGAGCCCUAUAUUCUCAUCGCUAAAGCGGUCCACCAUUGGGACGAGAACGGUCUGUUCCCCAACGAGACGACACCGGACCUCCCGCCAGCGCCUGUCGCGGACGCUCAGAAGCAGAUCGCGACAUUCGUGCAGGAAUGGGUGCAAGAUUUCACGGUAGAUGAUGCAACGCAGUCGGAUGAGUUAUGACGUGCUCAGCUAUUAUUAAAACAUAAUAGUAAUGUGAAGCUCUUAACGUCGUAUUCCACGUAAUCCUCACGAUGUUCGCCGAGUUCCAACGAACUAGUACCAGAUCCCGUGUGUUCCCGUAAAACAUCCACCAGGGAAUUAAGUCUUGUGAUAUCAAGUCCCCAACUUGCUCGAUACGCGUAACACUUGAAUGCCUCGUCCGAACUCUCAUCUCAGCGAUAACCACGAAUCGAAGCAACGUCACCAUCUUCUUCUGUCCCUUUCGUCGAGGGAACGUUAUGCACCGUGACUCGAUCUCUGAAUGUCACCGCUUUAAUAUCCAAUUAAUCUGCCAGGUCAUACUCUGAUGCUGUACGACCGCUAUGACUUUCUAGAUAACCAAUUCGUCGUCUCCCGAGCAUAGUAGCAGGGCGAAUUAUCCCAUCAAGAUGGGCGGUGGGAGCAUUGGCGUUUGUCCAACAAUGCUCCUUUAGCCUUGGCGAGUAGGAUUGAUCAUGACCUCCAAUAGUUCUCGAUUAGAAAUAUAAUUGAAUUCAUCACAAUUUACCCCUUGCGCUAAUUGUCAUGGUCGCUAAUAAAGCAAGUAAGGGGUGAUUCAAACACGAUGCGCGUAAUCAUCAAGCUAGCUCGCCGUGGUACUUUUUAACGAAAUAAUCACCAUUUACAAGAUGAAUUUCGCGGUGAGGUUGAGAAGAUUCGGCUGACAGCCGAACUACACACUGCCUCGAUCCAUGCACGCU